AAAGUGAUAAUCGCAUCGCUGCUAUUGGACCAAUUCAAGAAUCUCUUCAACAAGAAUUAUCAAAUGUCAAAGAAAAUAUUGAAAGUACAGAGUUUACAACUCACGAUGGUAUGAAAACAUGGAAAGUGGAUAAUAUUUCAGAAAAAAUGGCUGCUGCACAAUCAGAAAGACAAAAUUCUGUUUAUUCUCAACCAUUCUAUUCAUCACCGGCAGGAUAUAAAAUGAGAGCACGUCUGUAUUUAAAUGGUGAUGGAAAUGCUCGUCGAACACACAUGUCACUCUUUUUUGCCUUAAUGAAAGGUGAAUAUGAUUCAAUAUUAAAAUGGCCAUUUAAUCAUAAGGUAACAUUUUGUUUACUCGAUCAAUCUGGACAAAAUCAACAUGUAAUAGAUUCAUUUCGUCCAGAUAUAAAAUCAACUAGUUUUCAACGUCCAACAUCAGAAAUGAAUAUUGCAUCGGGUAUUCCAAAUUUUUUUCCAUUACCAAUGAUUCAACAAGAUGAUAAUAAUUAUGUUAAAGAUGAUACAAUGUUCAUUAAAAUAAUUGUUGAUUUUGCUGAUGUACCAAAAUCAAUUUUACCAUUUAUAUUUAAUCUCAAUCCUGGUCUACCAUCCCAUGUUCAACAAUGUUUAAUUAAUGAAGAAAUUCAAAAACACGAUACUUCUAAUAAAUAA